CUGUAUUUAUAUAGAUAUUGAAAUUAAUGAGAAUGUUUCCAGACAAAGACAAUGCAGCGAGAAGUAAAAGUCGUGCAUGUGACUAAAAUAACUUAAAGUGCAAUACACGUGGUCUCGAAUAAUUCCAGACGAAUUAUCCCUUUUUAUUUUUGUUUCAACGCCAGUGAAAGAAAUGCAUCCUCAGAGGCGCCACUCGAGUGGCACAGAGGGCCUCCAUCCAAUUUAUACUUCACAUUCAAAGUGAUUUCACAGCACACUAAAAGCCGCGACCGUUUCACGACUCGUACUCUCUCCUCAAAAAUAUGUACUUUAUCAUUGCACACAUUUCACACCGCGAAUGGGAAUGCAAAGAAGACAAAGAGGGUAACUCAGGGUUUCAUUGAAUCUAACCAUUGUUAGAGCGUGUGUGUCAAUUUUAAUAAAGCCCAGAGUGCGAUGCGCCGCCUUUGAAUAUCCGUUCUGGCCCGUUUCAAUUCAUUCGAAGAUAAAGAUUCCGACGGGACGGAUUAGAUUUCAUCCGACUGUUCCUGAAGACGAUGGAAGAUCUCGAUGGUAAUUACACUACUCCCGGCAGCGCAGACUAUUCUAUAUUAUUGGAUGUGGCGAAUGGAACCUAUGCUGAUUUAUCGUACCUGGAUGUUAACACGCUCAUCCUGCUCACUUACUUGGGAAACGUCGCGUUCGGAGCGCUCAUGAAUUCACUCGCAUUUCUCGCAAUUCUUCGCAACAAAAAGCGCAAUGGCACUCUAUCCGUAAUUCUUCAGAUAUCGGCUGCAGAUGUUGCAUCAACAUGUGUGUGCUUCUUGGAAAUAUGGUCGUUGAGGAGCGACACGUGGCGUUUCCCAUCGGAGCUGUGCCCUAUGUUCUCCGGCUUCGAAGUCCUCCUCAACACCCUCACACUGUACCUGAUAAUUACGCUGAAUUUCCACACGAUAUCUCUGUGCAAUCUGAAGGUGGAACGUAAGACGCGUAACCCGCUCACAUCCUGCGAGUCCUCGAACGAGUGUCUUGUGCGUGAUUCGCGCAACACUUCGGAAAGCCGAAAGCAAGAGGUAUCAGUGAUCAUCCCCUGCGUUCUCGUCUGGUUCAUCUGCAUCUCGCUGAGCAUACCACAAUUCACUUUGUCUUCGGUGAUGACGCUGAAAGGCAACUACAGCAUCUGCACUGUAGCCGACGCCUAUUACAACGUCAUCUUGCAGGAAUCUCUGAUGCUGUUCAGGGUGUUCAUCCCUCUCUGUUUGCUCGCGAUUUCCACGUUGUUGGUGGCUUGGAAGUCUUACGAGUUCAGCAGGAAGAACACGUUCCAAAAUAUUUUCAUGAAGAAGGCUGACAAUGUGCUUUACUACCUAAUCUUCUGCUUGUUCCUCAACUCCACGUACAUCCUCACCUCUGUUCAACGCUUAGCGCUCACUUCCAUGCAUACUUUGAACAGUGCUUCUGGUGAUGUCUUGGACACGUACAAGAUGCCACCUUUGUUUAACAACGUCGUAGACUAUUGGAACAUUUGGUCCACAAUGUUACACUACAGCGGCACAUUCUUCAGAUUCAUCAUUUAUGUUCUGCUAUUACCGAAAUUCAAAGCUCUUUUCUGCAACAAGAUACUAAUGUGCUUCACCGUCAAACAGUAAUUUUAAAUAUAUUAACUAA